CGGGGGAGCCGGGCGGGGCGGCACCGCGGGGCAGCGCGAUGCGGGCGCGGAGCCUGGCAGCGACCUGCGGGGCGCUGGCGUUGUGCCUGGUCCUCAGCGCGGCCACCAACCCCGGCUUCGUGGUGAGGAUCACCCAGGCUGGCCUGGACUACGCCCAUCAGCAUGGGAUCACAAUCCUGGAGAAGGAGCUGAUCCAGCUAAAGCUGCCAGACAUCUCGGGUGACUUUCGCCUUCGGCAAGUGGGGAAGGUGAACUAUGAGCUCUCCAGAUUGGACCUUCACAGUUUCCACUUGCCGUACUCGCGGAUUUCCCUGGUCCCCAACGUGGGCUUGCAGGUCUCCAUCUCCAACGCCUUCGCCAGCAUCAACGGGAACUGGCGGGUGAAGUUAUACUUCAUCCGUGACCACGGAUCAUUUGACCUGAGGGUGGAGAACAUCUAUAUCAAAAUCAACCUGAAGCUGGGCAGGAAUGCCUCUGGGAAGCCCACAAUUGACACCUCUGACUGCAGCACCCGCGUCUCCAAAGUCUGGGCACACUUUUCGGGCAAGUUUGGAUGGCUUUACAACCUCUUCUAUAGUGCUGUUGAGUCCAGAUUCCGAAAGAUCUUGGAGGGCAAGGUCUGUGAUAUUGUGGACAGCUCAGUGCGCCGCGAGCUCCAGCCUUACCUCUGGACCCUGCCAGUCACAUCCAAGAUAGAUGACAAGGUUGGGAUUGAUUACGCCUUGGUGGCACCCCCAACUGCUACUGCCCAGUCCCUGGACGUGGACCUGAAGGGUGAAUUCUUCUCCCUGGCCCACCGCUCUGCUGUCCCCUUCUCUCCGCUGCCACUGGCCCUGCCCCCAGACCAUGACCGCAUGGUUUACUUUGGGGCCUCCAGCUACUUCUUCAACACCGCUGGCUUCGUCUACCACAAAGACGGGCUGCUGGUCUUCGAGAUCACAGACUCAGUGAUCCCAAAGGAUGUUGAGUUCCACUUGACCACCUCCACCUUCUCAGCCUUCAUUCCCCAGCUAGAGGAGAUGUACCCCAACGCCUCCGUGAAGCUCCGGCUGUCCGCGCCCUCCGCCCCGUUCCUGAGCAUCGGGCCAGGGGGCCUCUCACUCACGCCUGUCGUGGAUAUCCAGGCUUAUGCCAUCCUUCCCGACACCCGCCUGGCUCCUCUCUUCCUCCUCAGCCUGACAGGCAACGUGUCUGCUGUCAUCAACGUGACAUCCAGCCACAUCGUUGGGAAUCUGACGGUGGGCAGGAUGAAGCUCUCUCUGAAGCAUUCAGAUGUUGGCACUUUCCAGGUCCGAAUGCUGCAGUCCAUAAUGAACAUCUAUGCUUCCAACAUCCUGCUCCCUCGUCUUAAUGAGAGGCUGGCUCAGGGUUUCCCGCUGCCGCUGCCCGACAGGAUACAGCUCUACAACAUCCUCGUGCAGCUUCACCAGAAUUUCCUGCUGCUGGGAGCAGACGUUCACUACCAGCCCCGGGGGUGGAGAUAAAGUGACGAGAGGAGCCUCCAGCACCCGUCGUGUCCCCUCCCAGCCGCAGACCCCCGGUUCCGCCGCAGCCUCCCUCACCGCCCGGCGGCAGGAGCAGCCCCGAGGCCGAGCCCCGAGCCCCCCGGCCGGGGCCUCACCCCGCUGGGGUCCCUGAGCCCCGACACCCCCCCCCUCCCCCGGACCCUGCUCUCCCGCCUCCCCUGCGCUGCGGGCGGCGGGUGACAAUAAAGGCGGCGGGUGACAAUAAA